AAGGGAAAAAAAAAAGAGACGACAAAGUGCGACUACCUAAGCUUCUUUCUUUCUUCAUCAAUGGUGAAUCCUAGCCCAGCAAGUUUUUGGACGCAAGCCAAUGCGUUACUUAGGAAGAACUUAACCUACCAGAGGAAACACAUAUGGACGAAUGUUCGACUCAUCCUGGUUCCACUCUUCCUCUGUUUAAUUCUGCUGGCGAUUCAACAAGUGCUUGAUGCCUUGAUGAAGGGUGUCUCUGAUAUGUCUAAUUGUGGAGGCAACGUUACUUUGCCUGGUGGUAUCUGUCCCAUCCCAAACCCUCCAUCGUUGCCUCCGAUGUUGCAGAUUCCACAACAUGAACUCCGUUCCGUUAAGACCGAUUUCUUUUCCUACAAAGAUCUCCCUGACAAGUUAUGCAGAGAAACAGGUUCUUGUCCCGUAACGAUACUUUUCACUGGUGAUAAACUGCCCCUUGGAAAAGCUUUAUCCGCAAAUAUCUUCAGCACUUCUUUUGUGGUUAAUUCCUCCGACCUCUUGCCUACUUUAGCCAAUAACGUUUUGGGUUCAACAGAAGCAGCGGGGGAAGACAAUUAUGAAGAUCCGGGGAUUGCCUCAGAUCUUCCUAUUUACAGUAUCCAACCUUCGUGCAGUGCAAACUCUACAUGGCCACUCUCGCUCGGACAAAUUCAGACAGCCGUGAAGUGUGUUCAAGGGUUGUGUCUCUGGAGAAAUAACUCUGUAGAGGUCAAUGAUGAGCUUUUCAAGGGUAGUUGGAGGGGAAAUCCUGCGGGGAUGCCAAAUGAGAUCGUUGCAGCAUAUGAUCUCAUGAGCACGGAUAGGAAAAAUUUCAAUGUGACCAUAUGGUAUAACUCAACCUACAAUGAUGAGUUUGCAACUGGUCAGGCUUUAAAGCUGGUCCGAGUUCCCCGCUCUAUUAAUCUGAUAUCAAAUGCUUAUCUUAAGUUUCUAAAAGGCCCUGGGACAAGGAUAUUAUUUGAGUUUCUCAAAGAAGUUCCUAAAGAAGAAACUAAAAUGAAUCAAGACAUUGCGUCCUUGCUUGGGCCACUUUUCUUCACUUGGGUUGUUCUUCUUUUGUUCCCCGUAAUCUUGACAUCAUUGGUGUAUGAGAAACAAGAACGUCUAAGAAUUAUAAUGAAAAUGCACGGGCUAGGCGAUGGUCCAUAUUGGAUGAUUUCCUAUGCCUAUUUUCUCACCAUAUCUAUGUUGUAUGUUAUUUCUUUGGUGGGCUUCGGGUCUGCUAUAGGACUCAAGUAUUUCCGGCGCAAUGACUACAGCAUCCAGUUUGUUUUCUAUUUCAUCUACUCAAAUCUACAAAUCUCCCUCGCUUUUCUAGUCUCUUCGAUAUUCUCAAAGGUUAAGACUGUAACAGUCAUUGCUUACAUACUGGUGUACGGAACCGGGCUCUUGGGUAGCUUUCUUUUCCAAAAAAUGAUUGAAACUCAGUCAUUCCCCGAAGAAUGGAUUCUUGCCAUGGAGUUGUAUCCCGGCUUUUCUCUAUACCGCGGGUUGUAUGAGUUCUCGCAAUAUGCAUCCCGAGGAAACGGGAUGAAGUGGCAAGAUCUCAGUGAUAGCGGAAUGGGUGAAGUUUUCUGUAUCAUGUCAGUAGAGUGGUUUCUUGCUCUCAUAGUAGCCUACUAUAUCGAUCAGGUUUUCACAUCCGGAAAGCAUCCUUUCUUUUUCUUGGUGAACCUUUUCAAAAGUCCUUCUUCCCUACCAAGGAGGCCUACUGUGCAAAGGUUGGAUUCUAAAAGAGUAUUCAUAGAUAUGGACAAACAUGAUGUCACUCAAGAGAGGGAAUCAGUUCAAAAAUUGAGGAAUGAAGGUAGCACAGGGCAUGCCAUCUUGUGUGACAACUUGAAAAAGGUUUAUCCAGGUAGAGAUGGUAACCCGCCAAAAAUGGCCGUAAGAGGGUUGUAUCUCAGUGUGUCUUCAGGAGAAUGCUUCGGCAUGCUUGGACCUAAUGGUGCCGGCAAAACUUCCUUCAUCAGUAUGAUGACAGGACUCCUCAAACCGUCAUCUGGAACAGCUUUGGUUCAGGGUUUGGACAUAUGCAAGGAUAUGAACAAAGUAUACACGAGCAUGGGCGUAUGCCCGCAGCACGACUUGCUUUGGGAGACGCUAACAGGAAGGGAACAUCUUCUCUUUUACGGUCGACUUAAAAAUAUCAAGGGCUCUGAUCUUACACAAGUAUAUAUGUUUACCACCUGGCUAAUUUUUAUUUUAUUUUAUAUGUGUUGUUAUUCUUGAAGACAAUAACAAGAAUAUAUAUAUAUAUAUAUAUAUAUGAUCAUUUCAAGGCUGUUGAAGAAUCUCUCAAAAGUGUCAGCCUUUACGAUGGAGGAGUUGGCGACAAACCUGCUGGUAAUUAUAGUGGAGGUAUGAAAAGGAGGCUUAGCGUGGCCAUAUCGCUUAUCGGGAACCCCAAGGUGGUUUAUUUAGAUGAGCCAAGCACAGGACUUGAUCCAGCCUCGAGAAAGAAUUUAUGGAAUGUGAUCAAGCGUGCAAAACAAAACACAGCAAUAAUUCUCACAAGUAUACAUAUAUUAGUUUCUCCACUUACGGAAUGUGAUUGAGUAUGCCUCCUAAAUUAUACUUAAUAUUAACGUUAAGACAAGAUUUUCAGCUCAUUCCAUGGAAGAAGCCGAAUUUCUAUGCGACAGAUUAGGAAUUUUUGUCGACGGAGGCUUGCAAUGCAUAGGAAACUCCAAGGAACUGAAGAGCAGGUACGGUGGAUCAUAUGUCUUCACAAUGACAACAUCUUCAAAACAUGAGGAAGAGGUAGAGAGAUUGGUUGAAUCUGUCUCUCCCAACGCCAAGAAGAUAUAUCACCUUGCUGGUACUCAGAAAUUUGAGCUCCCAAAGCAAGAGGUUCGAAUUGCUGAGGUGUUUCGCGCUGUUGAAAAGGCCAAAGCCAACUUCACAGUCUUUGCAUGGGGGCUCGCCGACACAACGCUCGAAGAUGUCUUUAUCAAAGUCGCUAGAACUGCUCAAGCCUUCAUUUCUUUGUCUUAAAAGCUAUUUUUUACAGUUAUAGGGUUCUCUUUCUUGGGUCAAAAUUCUAUGUCUUGAAACACACGCAAACUUACCACCAUCUUGAGUCUCCUUGUGAUUGCUGCUAUGAGAAUCAAAGAAGCUUCUGAGAUCCCAGAACCAUAUGUGUUAUUACUUUGGAGAAUGGGGAAACAGAUGAUAAAAGCUUAAAGAAGAAAAAGAUAAGGUUUGCGACAUUUGCCACUGGGAUUGUUCACGGCCUGCAACCGGAUGCUAUAUCUGAUGAUGGUACAAAUUUUGUCACCUAAAGACGUUACUAGGAAUUCUGUUCUUGUUGCUGCUUUUAUUCAUUAAUUAUUGCUUCAUGUAAAUCUUGUCGUUGCAAGAUCUUUGUUCUUGUAUGUUGGACAAUGCCAAUGUGCUACUAUCGCUGAGUGAAUUAUACAAGGACACAGUACACUGAUUAUGAAGAUUCUUAGAGACAAUCUUACUUUGUGGAUCAUUCGACGAAGCAGGAGAUGAGAUCAAGGAGGCAGAAGCAAAUUAGGUCUUGUGCAAGUGUCAUUCUUGUUUCACUGUCUUGUCGGAACCAAAGCAUAGUUAAUUCACAAAUUCUAGUACUCUCUUGAUUCAAUGUAUUGUAGCGAGUAAAAGCAAACAUGUGCAAGCAAGAGUUGUUUC